AUGGCCGCCGACUACCCCAUUGUCGACUCCCACAUCCACCUCUACCCUGAGACGGAGCUCGAGACGCUCGCCUGGGCGAAGCCGGGCAACCCCAUCGCGACGCAGCGCUCCGUCUCCGACUACGUUGCCGCCACCGGCUCACCGCCAAACCUCAAGGGCUUCAUCUUCCUCGAGACGGACCGCAAGCACGACCUCGAGUCGGGUGCCCGCGACGCCUCGGGAUGGGAGUUCCCGCUCAUGGAGGUUGCCUGGCUGCGCCGAAUCGCCGAGGGCAAGCCUCGUGACGGCGAGGGCCACACGCCCGAUCAGAGCAGCUUGUGCCUUGGCAUCGUCCCUUGGGCCCCGCUGCCCUCUGGCGCCGCCGCCAUGGAGAAGUACCUCGACCACGUCAAGGAAGUUGCGGGCGAGAACGUCUGGCCCAAGAUCAGGGGGUUCCGGUACCUGCUGCAGGACAAGCCCCACGGCACUGGGCUGACGGACGACUUCAUCGCCAGCCUGAAGCUCCUGGGCAAGCGCGGCUUCACCUUCGACCUGGGCAUCGACCAGCACCGUCGCGGCAACAAGCAGCUCGAUGAGGCAUUGGAAAUCAUCUCUCGUGCUCACGAGGGUGUCGCCGAGGAGGAGAAGGUCACCUUCGUCAUCAACCACCUGUGCAAACCCGACCUCGGUAUUAUCAACACCACCGACCCCUCCUUCGUCCACUGGCGCACCGCCAUCUACGCACUGUCAAAGUGCUCCAACACGUACAUGAAGCUCUCGGGCGGCUUCUCUGAAAUGCCCGACUCCCUCAAGGGCCAGGACCCCAACGCCAUCUUCGAGGCCAUCUUCCCCUGGCUCGGCGUCGUCCUCGCCACUUUUGGCACCCGCCGCACCAUGUUCGGCAGCGACUGGCCCGUCUGCACCGUCGGCGUCGACGAGGCCUGGCGUAAGUGGAAGCUCCUUGUCGAGCGCACAUGUUACAUGGCCACUCUCGAACCCGAGGACCAGGCCGCCCUGUUUGGCGGAACCGCUAUCAAGGCGUACGGCAUUGAGGGCGUUUGA